GAUGGCGGGUCGUGGAAGGGGUAGAGGAAAGUUUACCUUUGACGUUGCAAAAAUUGGCUUUCAAAAAGGCGAAGCACUGCCUGCAUCUAUACAGCAACCGCCUCCUCUCUUUCCUCCACUUGAAUUCAAGCCAUUGCCGCUAGAGAACUCCGAAAGUGAUGUCUAUAAGCUUGGCUUAAAACGAGAAUACCGAGAAAUUAUACAAAAGUCAGCCUACUUUGUUGAACCUGUUGCUGUGAAGAAAGAUGUUGAAAGAUAUACUGAUAAAUACAGGCAACAAAAGCCUGAGAAUGAGGCAAACUGGGAACCAGAUUGGAAUAGUUUGCCAGAGGAGUUAAAACAACGAACAAGAAAAAUACGCAGCAGCGCAAAGCCCAAUCUGAAUCGUGCGAGAACCGGACAUGCGGGUGAAAAAAUUGCUGAUGUGGCAAAACACUUAGAUGAGCUAGCAAAAAAGACGGAGGGAGAGGAAGAAGAAGAUGACGAAGAAGAGGUUGAAGAAGGGGGGGAGGAACCAGAAUAUGAUGAGAUAGAACAAGAAGAGGACAAUGAUUACCUUGUCUCCCACUACGAUGAUGGCGAGGAGGUUGGGUUCCAGGAUGAUGACGAUAUGGACGAGGGGCCAAUAUACUGAGUUGGGGACUGGCACUAGGUGUGUAAGCCUUGAAUGGGACCAAGUCCCUCCUGAGUGUUAGAGAGCCACUCUACCAUACUAGAAAUGGCCAUUGUGUGUAGGACAUUUGCCGACAAGAUAGGGGAGCCUCUGCAUGGGAUAUCAGAUAUCACACUCUUACCCUGUUUAUCCCAAGCAAACCAUCGAAGUCCAUCUUAUGAACCGGUGUAAAUGUUUCCAAUCAAGCGACGAACUUCCCUGGGCAAACACAAAAAUACAUCAUCCAGACACGUCAUUUAAU